UUUGUACCAGUGUAAUCCUGGCUAGCUACUGGACUGGUCUGGAUUGGUCCCAAUUUCCAUCCAAGGAUGCCUCCAUAUAAUGGUCUACUCGUAUCAUUAGUGCUCUCUUGCUUGUUGCUCUGGUCCAGCAUCUGGACCACCCAGGCUUUUUCUUCGGUCAAUCGACGGUUCCAUUGUCGAGCGCUCGGUCCACUGCCUCGGGUUCUCUUUGUCAAAUACUCACAGUCCGUACGGGACUCUAUUCUAGUAACAUCACCAUGGGCAAUCACACACUCCUCACCAGCAACAACAACAACUGCGUUGUUUUCGUUCAAGCCCGCCGCGGUGCCCUUGAUGGACGCGGGCAAGGCGCUGGCGCGUUCCGGAGAAGUCCUGAUCGAGUGGACGACGGCGGUGGAUUUGUACGGCGGGGCUCUGUCGGCUGCCGGUGCACAACUGCGCAAUGCCGGUGAUUCCGUCGCGCAAGCCGCCGCCUCGUGUCGCUUCAAAACCGGUACCGAACUCGUCUGCGACGAACUCCGCGAAGCCGGCACCUGUCUCACGGAAGGUGUCGGGAAAAUGCAACAAGCCGCCGCCGAAGCACGAGUGGACGAAUGGGAAACACUGGCGGAUAAAGUUGAGGAGGCCACUGUUUAUUUCGAAACGUGCGGGACACGUUUGGAGGCGGCGGGUGCUGCUAUUAUGCAACGACAGUCCGUGGAAGCAGUUGGCGUCCACCUAGUGGCGGCAGGAACAUGUCUGGAAGGACUGUCUCUGUUUUUGAAGUCUCUCGUAGACGAAAGUGAUAAGAAGCUCCAGCAUGAAGAAGCGCAAGCGGCAGCGGAACUGGCCGGGCAGCGUAUGGCCUACGCGGCCGAAACCAUGAUUCAGUCCGGCAACAAUCUGCAAGGGAUCCAACCCAAGGCUACCGCGAAAAAUUGGCUCAAAGGUGGUGGUGGUGGUGGGUAG